AUGGUAAAUACAGGAGGAGAAGACGGAGAGAUUCGCCCGGGAAAACGGCACCGGCAGCGGCGGAGCCUCCAGAGUAGAAGCCCGGGGCACGAGCAGCAGCGGCGGCGACUCUUCUGGUGCUUCGGAGACCUGGAGCACACUGAUCGAAGAGGACGCGCACUUAAUACCGAGGGGAGGAAAGUAGAUUGUUUAGAAGUGAAAGGGAUCGAUUGGGUGGCCCGACCUGAGGACCAGAACACAGACCCAAUACCCAGUCACAUUUAUGGCUGUAGUCUGACGGCCAGUGUUUCCUUCAUGGUGUGCAUCUCCCUGGAAAGGUAUUUGGUCAUCGCCUGGCCACUGUGGUACCGUUUAAGACGAACCAUCAAGAUCUCCGUGGUGGUCUGUGUCCUGGUCUGGGUUGUUCCUCUUUUCUAUUUCUUGUGUUCUUUACUUUGGCGUCGUCGAGAGUUUUUAAUACCGUUGUACAUAUUUUCCCUCCUUCCCCUCCCACUGCUCAUAUUCUUCCUGGCUGGAACCCUUAAAGCCCUGUCUGCUUCAAUCUCAGUUCCUGCUGAUAGAAAACGACGAAUUGUGGGAAUGUUGGUCCUGGUGCUGCUUAUUUACCUGCUGCUGUUCCUGCCCAUAAUCAACACACAUAGGAAAACACAGACUAAAGACAAAUAUUACACAACCCUAGACAUCCUGUCUAAUGUGUUAGUUAAGUUCAGUCCUCUUGCAGACUUAGUGUUGUAUGUUUUUAUGAGGAAAGGGGCCAUAGACAAGCUUUUGGCCUCUGUGUGUUGUUGCAGAAUGGACAGCAACGAUGUCAGCGGUCCAGCAGUAUGA